CUGCGCCGUCCGCGGGCGGGAAGGCUGGGCGGGCGCCGAGUGACGUGGCGCGGCCUGGAGGCCGUGGGGAGGCGUGUUCCGCGGGAGUCCCGCAUGGCCGCGGCGCGCGUGACGAUGUUGACCCGCAGCCGCAGCCGCGGGCCGGGAGCCGAGCUGCGGGGGUGUGGGGAGGAGGCCGCGCCCCUCCGGAGGGGACAGGCGGCUGCAGAAGGAAGGACAAGCCACAGGCCUGUGAAGCGCCAGCGGGAGGCACAGAGACCACGUGUGGCCUAUGAGGCUGCGGCCGGGGAGGACAGCAAGGGGGCCAAGCCCCUCGAGGCGUCAGGCUGGGAGCCCCAGGACUGGCGGCAGCAGCUGGCGAACAUCCGUGCCAUGAGGAGUGGGAGAGACGCGCCUGUGGACCGGCUGGGAGCCGAGCACUGCUACGACCCCGGUGCACCCCCGAAGGUCCGGAGGUUCCAGGUGCUGCUCUCGCUGAUGCUCUCCAGCCAGACCAAAGACCAGGUGACCGCGGGCGCCAUGCAGCGGCUACGGGCCCGGGGCCUGACGGUGGACAGCAUCCUGCAGACAGACGACAGCACACUGGGCACGCUCAUUUACCCCGUGGGCUUCUGGAGGAACAAAGUGAAAUACAUCAAGCAGACCAGCGUCAUCCUGCAGCAGCGCUACGGUGGGGACAUCCCCGCCUCCGUGGCAGAGCUGGUGGCACUGCCAGGCGUUGGGCCCAAGAUGGCGCACCUGGCCAUGGCCGUGGCCUGGGGCACCGUGUCGGGCAUUGCGGUGGACACCCAUGUGCACAGGAUCGCCAACCGGCUCAGGUGGACCAAGAGGGAGACCAAGGCCCCAGAGGAGACACGUGCUGCCCUGGAGGAGUGGCUGCCCAGGGAGCUGUGGAGCGAGAUCAAUGGGCUGCUGGUGGGCUUUGGUCAGCAGACCUGUCUGCCCGUCCACCCACGCUGCCAGACCUGCCUCAACCGGGCCUUGUGUCCUGCUGCUCGCGGUCCCUGAGGGCUGGCGGCCUUGGCCUGGGUGCCAGGGAUGCUGGUUCCAGCCACAUCUGUUAAGAUUCUUUGGCUUAGAGAGCUGCAGCCUAUUUAAUAAAGUCUGGGACUUGUGGCUGUCA